UGCUACGCAGGGAGGAGAGCCGUUGGCAUAGUUGUUGCCUGUCUUCUUCUACAGCUGUGCUUGCAAAUAUAGGCUGAGACGGCAAACAACGACAAAGCACACUGAAAAACUUUUUGAAAACUGGCUCAAGGCUAAGGCUGUAAGUAGACCAGUAUAUGCAGAGUAAAAGGCAUCAAGUUGUACCAACCUCGAUUAGUCGAGACAAGCAAGCCAACAACAUUCAGGAUUAGGUGGCACAUCUCCACGGUAGCCCUGCCCAUGGCGCCUCAAGCUGGCAACGGUGGCUGCUUGCAGGGGAAGGUGUUCGGGCUCACCGGAGAGCUGGCUAGGAAGGAACUCCAGCCCAUGCUCAAGGCGCACGGGGCGACGGUGUCGGCCAUUAUCCACAAGCGCGUGUCUUUCGUGCUGUGCACGCCUGACGCCGUCAAGUACAAUACACAGAAGGUCCGGAAAGCUCUGAAGCACGGGAUCCCCCUCGUUUCCCAGGGGUUCAUUGCGGCCUGCGCCCUUGCGGGGGACGUGGUUGACUCUACCCCCUUUCGAGUCGUCACCACCGCGAACGCCCCAGCGUCUAUCCCUGGAGCUUCCACGUUAGCCGGAAGCAAUGCCAAGGCACCUAACGAUGCCACGGCAGUGAGCGUAGAGGGUAGUAACUCCGGUUCAUCCGCCAAAGAAGCGAACACCGUAGGGACACCAAAGGGUGAAAGGAAGACCGCAACAGCAGAGGAUGGCGUGGACACCGCCGGUGACGGUUCCAAGGGAACGCGGAGGCGGCGGCGAAAAGAUCUCGCACAACUAGAAUCAUCAGGACCCGAAGUUGCAAGGUCGGAACAACCACCCGGUGAUGGUGGUGGCGACGCCCAGAAGAAGAAGCACAAGAAAAGGAAAAACAGAGGAAAGGAUGCAGACAGCAGUAUCGUUGCUGAUACUUGUCCAGGUUCCCAACGAGCGAGCACGAAAGGGACCGAGCGGCCAAAGGAGACAAAGAAGAGGAAGAAGAACCACCUCAGAACAGAUGUCGUCGGCCAAGAUACGACAACGGCGGGAAAAGGCCCGGAAAGUGGGGAGCUUCGGAGAGGUGAUGGCGAGGACAUUCCGCGUGCCCAAGUCGGCGAUGCGAAGUUGGACAAGAGAGAACGGAAGAAGGAAAAAAGCGAUUCAGUGGGAGGGCGUCAAUGA